UGCGUGUGUGAUGAAUGGAAUUCCGCAUAGGUCUGCAAUUCUAAAACAAGGCUGUGUGUAGAAAAAAAUAAUCUGAAACUGCAUUUAAGGGUGACUCAAUACUGGCUAGCCUUAAUUGGGCCGGAGUUGUAAAUUGAUUUCUGGCCCAAAUACUUCACUCCACAACUGGACCACAUCUGGUUUGCCAGAGUCAAGCCAGUGCCUCCUUUGCCACGCCUGGGCUGUGUUCGGCCCACAUGCGUUAUGCCAGUGUUGACACAAGGCCAGUUGUGCCAGCUUCAUGCCGAAUGCGGGCCAGAUGCCUUUGAUGACUGAGUAGUUACAGAUAACGAAAAUUAAAACUUUGAUGGCAAAUUUCCUCUUGUGUCACCGCAGUCAUGGCUUCAAACAAUCCGAAUGCAGUCGAAGAGGAGACAGAGGAGGUAAACAUCCGCGUGGUCGUCAGAUGCAGCCCUCGCAAAACAGUGAUGCCCAACGCGUCAUCAAGUCACAGGAUUGUGUUCAACACACAAUUGAAGCAAGUCAUUGUGCCGAGAGUGUAUAAUUUGCGGGCACCGCUUCAGCCAUACACGUUCGAUGAGGUGUUGGCACCCGGCACCACCCAGUUGGACGUCUACAACGGGAUUGUGCCCCCCAUCCUGGAGGAUGUCCUGAAUGGAUUCAAGUGCACCAUCAUCGCUUACGGGCCCAUGGGAACGGGCAAGACGUUCACCAUGGUGGGAGCGUGGCGUCUGGAUGAGAGCUUCACCUGGAACGAGGACUCGAGGACGGGCAUCAUCCCCAGAGUCAUCCACCACAUUUUUGAGAGGCUGUCUGGCGAAGACUUCUCCAUCAAAUUGUCGCUGCGCGAGAUAAACCACAAGAAGACGGUGGACCUGCUCAGAGCUCGCCGGCGGGCUCAGCUCAGACGUCUCAUCGGCGGCACGAGCCGGCGGGGCCAGCUCAGAGGUCUCAUCGGCCACACGAGCCGGCGGGGCCAGCUCAGACGUCUCACCGGCCGCACCACAUUUUUGAGAGGCUGUCUGGCGAAGACUUCUCCAUCAAAUUGUCGCUGCGCGAGAUAA